UCAUGAUCGGUAUACGUGUUUCUCUGGUACUACAGUAACUGACGUCCUGUUUGUUUCAGUUUGGCAGAACUGCUGCAUGUGUCAGAGUAAUUUAUACAUAGCAUAAUAGAUAUAACUGUCAGAAAAAGAGUACCUUCAAUGGAACUUGAGGAAGAACAGUACGAAGAUAUGCAAUCAUCUGAAGAACAGUACGAAGAUAUGCAAUCGCCUGUGAGGCAGUAUCAAGGUGCAUACUGUGAAGUUGUGAAAACAACUCCGCGGCGACAAGUUUCAUCCAGUAUUAAAAAGCAAGACUCUUUGGGUGCACCACCACUUCCACCAAGAACUCAUGAUGUUACUGAAGGUGGUAUUCUAGUGCUGGAUCCUCCUCCACACUUCAAGAUUGCUAAUCAGCCCAAACAGACUGAAACACCACCUCCGUUAUAUGAGUAUCUUCCUGAAUCUGAGGCUGAUCGAGCCUCUGAGCUACAGCUUUCUAUGAGAACAUUGCCCAUCUUACCUUCUGUAUAUGAUGAUCGACCAAAAUUGGACACCAAUUUCAAAUGUCCAAUUGGCUAUGACAUAAUGAGCUUGCUGUCUCAAGGAAAUGUGAUCUUCAUAAUGCCCAAGACGAGUGUGAAGAGACAACCACUCUACAUCAACCACACUUUGGGUGGAUACAGUGAGAGAAUUGUUCAAGGAGGAGGUACAUUUACAGAUGAGAGUAAGUUCAUGGUCUCCAUACCUCGAGCACACAAAUCAGAGCUUAUGAUAACAUUGGAGAGCCUUAAGUACAAAGGAAGAUACUUGUGUAUUGACAGGAGGGGAAGGAUUAAAGCACGCAAUGGUUAUAAGGAUAGCUGUGACUUUUUUGUGUAUGGGGUGAGUGGGAGUCCUCACCUGGUCUAUUUUGAGUCUGCUAGAAGUGACGGUUUCUACUUUGGGAUGAGAUCAGACAAUAGUCCCUCUGAUGCAGCCAGUAUCACAGCCGAUUCUGAAGAAGCACACUUUGGAAUACUAACAGAUAACAUAUCGGAAUCCUUUUGUGCUCCGAAGUUGACGGUGUUUGGGACUAACUCAAUUAUGGAACAAGUGCGAGACAAAAGCGUCAUUCGUCUUUUCUCACAGCGAAGAUACCUUGGAAUUGAUAGGAAAGGGAGAGUAGUUCAAACACAUAAUGACAAGAAUACAGAUAGCUGGUUCGUUGUUCACGAUCGCGGGAUGGGUAUUCUUUCACUGCGAAGCUAUGCACAUACGGAAUAUUGGUUGAAAAUUCAAGAUGGGCAACCCCAAAGAAAGGGAAAGCCAGGUCUUGACACGUUCUUCAAAUUGAGAGAGUCGGUGGAGCACCAAAUAAUUCUAGAAUCCAUUGCCCAGCCGGGUACAUAUAUUUUCCCAACUUCACGCAACACAUUGUCCAUGAGCCCCACUGGUACGUCACCUUCCAUGACACCUGAGUUUACUCUGGAAAUCAUUUCAGAGAAACAAAGUGAAGACAGCUGAUUCAGAAUUGCUUUUUCAUGAGACUGGAUGAGAUGUUACUGUAUAUAGCUUGUGUAUAGUGUUGUGUAUUGUGCAUGAUAUAAUUAUAGUUAGUCCGAUGAAUAAUUAUAACACCACCCACA